AUGGAUGUGACUUCCCCUUACACCUCCGAGCCAGACAUGCUCCGUGCAGCCUAUUCCCAAGCUAGCGGUAUGGCAGCUUUCAAGCUGGACGAAGGUUUCAGCGAGGAUCCAAGGGGGCAAGAUGACACCGAUUUGGCCGCCACCACAGAAAACACUUCGUCCUUUGAAGAGUGGGUAAUGGCGCAAAGCGAAGAUACUAGAGCAGACAUCGCCUACGAAGUACUACGCACCCUUCGAACAGCCAAGAUAGCUGCGGUUGUUGACCGCUUGACACCACUCUUACAUAUGGACCCGGUUGGAAAGUUACCCCCCGAAAUUACAUCACAAAUAUUCUCUUAUCUCGAUGCUUCCACUUUACUUGUCGCUUCAUUAUCAUCGCAAGCAUGGCGAGCCAGAAUUCUCGAUCCUCGGCUCUGGAGACGACUAUACUCUGAUCAGGGCUGGGGUCUCAAUUCCACUGCCGUAAGGGCGUUUGAAGAAAGGAAUGCACGAGUGGCACGACAGGACUUCCAUAAGCCAAGCUCAACAUUUAGAGCUUCUGAGACAGAUCACGGUCAACCAUUACAGAAGAAGCGUGCAACCACUGUCUCUGUUGAUCAGCAGACCAAAGAGACAAUAUCUGGAGAUGUGUCCCAAUGGCGUGAACAGCAUGGAGUUAUUGAGGCUGAUUCGGAUGUGCCGACCAGGACGUUACCAGCAGAGUUUGACCAUGAAAUGCAGGACGUUUCUCCCACCGAUUCGUCCCAUCCAGCCUCGCCUCCUCGCCGCAAUAAACGUGGCAGCCAAGAGACGGGAGAUGAGAUGGCUAUGUCUCCCAUACGAAGACAAGAUUCCAUCGUGCAACCCUUACAAACACUAAACCCACCUGUCAAGCCGCCACUGAGCCUGCGGGAUCUUUCUGGGCACGAAAGGAUCAACUGGGCAUUCCUCUACAAACAGCGGAGACGACUGGAAGAUAAUUGGAACAAAGGGCGUUUCACGAACUUUCAACUGCCUCACCCUGCCUAUCCACAUGAGGCUCAUCGAGAGUGUGUAUAUACCAUUCAGUUCUUCGGCAAAUGGCUGGUUAGUGGAAGUCGAGAUAAAACCCUUCGUGUAUGGGACCUCGAGACACGAAGAUUGCGAGGCGCACCACUAACAGGACAUACACAAUCUGUUCUCUGCCUGCAAUUUGACCCGACAGAGAAAGAGGAUGUUAUUAUAUCUGGCAGCAGUGACAGCAAUAUCAUUGUUUGGAGGUUUUCAACAGGACAGAAAGUGAAGGAGAUUCAGCAAGCUCAUCGAGAUCCAGUAUUAAAUCUUCGCUUUGAUCAUCGGUACUUGGUGACUUGCUCAAAAGACAAGCUGAUCAAGGUUUGGAAUCGAUAUGAACUAUCACCACUAGACAAAGACUAUCCGAAGGUCAGCCCUGCCAGCACGGCCAAGAUGCCUACAUACAUCAUUGAUACUUCAUCAAUGAGCCCACAGCAGUUGGAAAAUAAACUUGCAAAUCGGCAGAUCAGGAUAUUGCAGCCAUAUUCGUUGUUGAUGUCGCUCGAUGGUCAUAACGCCGCUGUUAAUGCAAUUCAAAUAGAUCAGGACCAAAUUGUAUCAGCGUCUGGAGACCGCCUGAUCAAGGUAUGGAGUGUCAUUGAUGGUCGCUUGAUCAAUACUUUGCCCGGUCAUCAGAAGGGCAUUGCUUGCGUCCAAUUCGACAGCAAGCGGAUCGUCAGUGGCAGCAGUGACAAUACUGUUCGCAUCUACGACCAUAUCAAGAAAUGCGAGGUUGCUGUCCUCCGUGGGCAUACCAAUCUAGUCCGUACAGUACAGGCUGGGUUCGGCGACCUGCCUCACAGCGAGAAGGCAAUGGCCAAUCAAGCACGGCUUGCUGAGGCCGAGUAUCGACGGGCAGUUGCAGCAGGUGAGAUUGUUCAUGAGCCCAUCGGUGCAGGUCGAUCUGCUCGUGAUCAACAAGCCUCAGUAAAGACCCCAGCACAAUAUCUGACGGCAUUUGGGGCAGCAUUACCUCCUGGUGGUGGCGGUAGUCAGUGGGGCAGGAUUGUUUCUGGAUCAUACGAUGAGACGAUCAUCAUCUGGAAGAAAGACGCCGAUGGCAGAUGGAUUCAAGGCCAGACACUUCGUCAAGAAGCUGCUAUUCGAGCCGGUGCAGCCGCCGACCUGAGGGCAUAUAACGAGGGUCAAAUUGAUGCAGGAGGAGCACCUGCUCCACAAGCUGCUAACUCGUCAGUGUCUCAUGCUGCCAGUCUUCCAGCUCAACCGUCUGCCGCUCAGAUCGUCCACCAUACCAUGCAGUCUUCCACCAUAGGGCUACAAAGUAUUAGCGACCACAUCACAAACUUGAUGGGCCAGUCCCUCAGUACCAUGCAGAGCCUAGCUCGCACCAAUCUUGGAGGCUCACAGUUCUCUUCCAUGGCUCCUGGUGCUCAACAGGCAUUGGCCCAGUUGAAUGCCCAUCAACAAAAUAUCCAAAACCAUUUCUCGAAUCUGUCGCAAGCCGGCGCCUCUCACACAGUACAAGCAGGACCUUCUGUAAGCACCAGUACAGCUCAGAGCAACUCUCAGCAUGCUGCCAACAUCCCGGCUGCUGGUGUCAAUAUCGGGCAGAACCCGAACAUUGGCCAGCCUUCUGUGGCGUUAGCCCAUAACAUCAUUCCACCUAUUCCACCUAUUCCAUCAAUUCCAUCAAUUCCAUCAAUUCCAUCAAUUCCAUCAAUUCCAUCAAUUCCUCCACAAGCAUUGGUACAACCACAUGUAGCCACUCAUCAUCAUCAUCAUCACCAUGCUCCACCUGCCAAUCAGCAACCUCAACCCCCGCAACAGCCUGCUUCACGGGUCUUCAAGCUACAAUUCGACGCUCGACGGAUCGUAUGUUGUAGUCAGGAUCCGAGGAUUGUCGGGUGGGACUUUGCAGCUGGAGAUACGGAUAUAAUGGAGGCGAGUCAGUUCUUUUUGGGGCCAUAG